AAGCCACCCAGAGGUAAGGACUUUCUACUGUGUCGACGCUCAGAUGUGGUUCUAACAUAUGCUGUGUGAUUACAAAGCCAACAUGACGCUAGUUUCUUUGCUGCAACUAUGGGAGGAGCACCAAGUCAGUGGAGGCCUUUGCCAAAGAGCAAUGAAAACCUCAAUUUUGUGAACUCUUACCAACCUCAAAACAAAGAAGCCCGUUCUCUCAGAAUUCUGCUUCAUGGACCAGUCGGUGCUGGGAAGUCCAGUUUCAUCAGCUCUGUUGACUCUGUCUUACAAGACAGAAUCAGUGUUCGAGCUUUGUCAGACACAAUCGGUGGGAAGAGCUUUACCCAAACAUAUAAAACCUUCCAUUUCCACAAAGAUGCAAACCACUUUUAUCCUUUCGUUAUGACUGACAUCAUGGGCUUAGAGAAAAAUGCGAGCAACGGAGUUUGUCUGGAGGACCUGAAAUUGGCCCUGAAGGGACACGUGAAAGAAGGUUACAAGUUCAUUCCUGGGCAGCAGAUCUCAGAGGGUGAUCCCAGUUACAACUCGUCUCCCACUCUGAAUGAUCGUGUUCAUGUCCUGGUUUCUGUCUUUCCUGCUGGUUCUGCGUCUUUGAUAAGUGAUGAAGUUGUGAAGAAGAUGAGAGAAGUCAGACUAGCAGCCAGUGAGAUGGGGAUUCCUCAACUGGUGAUUCUCACCAAGGUUGAUGAAGCCUGUCCUGAGGUUAAAAAAUAUCUAAAGAAUAUCUACAAGAGCAAGUACCUGAAGGAACAGGCUGAACAAUUCAGCACAUUGCUGGGCCUUCCAUUGAACUGCAUCUUUCUUGUGAAGAACUAUGAAUCAGAACUCACCACGACUGAGGAUGUUGAUGCUCCAAUACUGUGUGCACUGAGACAGAUGAUCACGUUUGGAGAAGACUUCCUCAACGACCUGAACAGCUAAAUACUGCUGAGGAAAAUCUUUGACCUUUAAACAAUAUCAAGUUCUUUCUGCAUCAUGAUUUACAUAACAUAUACACAAGUAUACAGAAGAUACUGUGGUGACUAUGAUAACAAUAGUAGUAACAAUAAUGGUAGUAGCUGUACAGAGUAGCCGUGGCCUAGAGGUUGAAGAAGUCAGUUCGAUUCCCCCUGGACUGGCAGGAAAAAAUUUGGGUGUUGUGGAGUGAUUCAUCAAUCCUCUCCCCACUUCCAUUAGUUGGCUGAUGUGCCCUUGAGGAAGGCACUUAACCUCCAACUGCUCCCUGGGCACCUGACAGCAGCCUCCCACUCCUCCUGUGUGUUUCACUGCAUGUUGCAUGUGUGUUCAAUCAGUGAUGGAUUAAAUGCAGAAAAGAAUUUCGGUGCAUGCAAAAAUAUACAGACAAAUAAAGUUUUAAGUUUAAGUUUAGUAAUC